GUAGAGAGGUUGUCUGUGUUGAGCUGCCCAAGGAAUACAGUGCUGAUCAUGUUCUUGAGGCUGCGCAGUUCGCGGCUGCUUCGGCUGACGUCCAGAUCCUUCGGGGCACGGCACAUCGGCUUCGCCAAGGCGACGUGGUACGAGUGCGUGUCAACACUGAGGCGCGCACCCUAGAUGUCUCAGCCUUUGUUAUUCCACACAAUGUUGGCACUGCAUCGCGCUGGCUUCAGGAAGGCCGAAUCGUGUCGCUGCUUCAUCCUGUGGCUGGAGUGUUAUCUUUCGAGGUCCCGCGUGCUUGCGACCUUGAUACUUCUGUGCUGGGUGCGUUGUUGCGCAGCGUUACCCCAGGCCAGCAUGUCUUCGUUGCGCUACCCGGAGCUGACCUUCUCCCUCAUGCCGCCUUCGUCGCUGCCUUCCCUGGCCAGGACUGUGUCACAUAUCGGGUGACUGAUGCGUCUGACCCCUCUGCUGUGGGUCUGCACUUGGCCUUUUCCGGCGUCUUUGAAUCUUUCCCGGCCUUUUUGGAAAGUCUUCUUCGCAGCAACCGCCCCGCCGCUGCUCUGCUUCGAAGGUUGCAGCCCUUCGGCCUCUCUGUUCUAACCUGGGAAUGCACUUCCUUUCCUGGUCGAGCUGACUGUCGCUACUGGCAUGUCCAUGUGCAGGCUGACUUUGCACGGGCCCGGGAGCACCUUUUGAGCCUCAGCUGGGCACCCCCGUCUGUUUGCGGUGCCGGUGUCACACCUGACUCUGCGUCCGAACUCGUUGACCUCUGGUGCGAUGCAUGGCACGUCAAGUGCCUGGUUGCAUGUCUGCCCGGAUUCACCGUGUGGGCCCUUCGAGAGGGGAGCCGACUCUACGGUAUGUGCACCCCUGUCCCCUCCUGGGAAGCUGUUGCACAGGCCCUUUCCCUGUCCCUCUGGGAGCUACCACAAACGUUUCUGUCCAGCGACAGCCGUGUUUGGCCAUUUCCUCGUGACAUCACAGGUGUUGCGAUGCAGUGUGUCAGUGUUGGGUACGACUCUCCUGAAGGAGUCUCCCAACUAGUGCGUAAUUGCGAGGCCGAGACGCCUAGCCCGCCACCGCCCCCGGGCCCUUUGGCCUCUGCUGCUCUUGGCUUGCCUUGCUUGCGGCGGUACUCGCUUUUGUGUGCUCUCAGCCUCCUUCUCCCUGUGGUGUCAGUCCGCGUGAUGGUUGAGCCUGCUCCCUUGUUCUCUCGCCUCGCGGAAUCCGAGACACUGCAAACUCGUCGCGACUUUUCACGGCCCUGCACCAUGUCUUGGACUCACGAGCUUGCCCGGCAAACGCACGGGUUCGCCCUUUCAGCACCUCAACUUGGCCCCGUCCACUUGAGGGUUGGUGCACGCCACCUCGAUCAGCAUCUUAGUGCUUACCUUGGCGCCUUCUUGCCAGACUGCGAGUACGGACUGCACGUCGCUUUCGAUUCCAGCCCCCAAGUGCUUGAUCUCAUCGUUUCCCCGCCUUCACCAUAUGGCUGGUGGAUACUGCGUGACUCAAUCGGUUGCGAGCUUCUCCGACCGGUGGUCCAGCACUACACUUCCCAUUGGGCUCGGGCACUUAUUACUAGCGUUCUUCCGGGAUUAGAGGGUAAACUGGUUGAUGGAGUUCUUAAGAUUGUCGCUGCCCGGGCUCGGCUCCCCUCGCUUCUCGGCAGUCUCGCGUUGCUCCUGCUUUGCCGCCACGUGGCCUCUAUGCAACCUCCCCAACUCCUUGCUCUGGCCCCAGUCGCUGAGGCUUCGCCGCCUCCUCCGACAACCAUUCGCAUCUGGACUCUCAACAUUAAUGCACCCGUUGACCUACCAUGGCGUCCUCAGGGUUACCCGACCCGUUGGUUGAGAGAGCUGAUGUGCCGUCUUCACCAUAUUGACGAUCCCGGUGAGUUCCGGCCCACACAUUCCACUACGGACAGCUCCGUCCAGCAUGUCCUUUUCGUGCCGGUCGUUCCUGCUACGCGACCCACGGUCCGGUUUUGGCUGCUCCACUGGGGGGACGCUGCGGCUGUUACUUUCGGGCAUUCGCCCUUUAGUUGGGAUGUCGUCUCUGCCCAUCUCAGAGCUCUCUUCCCGGGGGGCCAUUUACCAGAGCGGAGCCCCGCUCUCUCCUACGCCGGUCAGCUGUACCCGCCAGGAGUUGCCUUGCCUGAUUUUCCGUCCGGAGCUGUCAUUCAGAUUUUGAUUGGUGCUCUUGCAAGGAUCCCGGGCGAUGAUGACCCCUGGAACCCGGAUCCCCUGGUGGUUGAGGGACCUUACUUCCGGCAUGUUCCGAGUAGGGGUCCAGCGCUAGAACCUGCCAUCCUCCUCGAUGGCCACGGGAACCGACGUGCCGCCGGCGCAUCGCAUGUGCCUUUGAUUGACCAGGAAGUCCAAACGGACCUCUCAGGCAAUGGCACCGGCCUUGAUCAUGCUACGGUUUCCCGAGUUCACAUGCUGUCUCAGGAGCUUUCUUUUCACACUUCACGACUCUGGGCCGGACUUGCUGAACCGGAUGCAGAACCGGCUGGGGAAUCGCAACCUGUUCUGCGACUCGCCUCGCAAAGUACUUGUGCUGCGGUCAGCCCCUCCACUGUUGAUCUGCUCGAUAUUGCGAGUGUGUCGAACUGCCGGCGACAGGAUAGGCUUUCGGUGGUUGUUCUUUCCUUAGUCUGCACUCGGGGUUUAUUUGGACCUUCGGCUUUCGGGCGCCUCCUUGUCCUUGCGACCUUAGGUGCAGGUUCGAUUAUCAGUGCCCCGCCUGCUAGUUCAGAUGACGAACAGUCCGAGGAUGCAGGCCCACCACCUGUCCAAGCCUUCAACAUGUCUGCCGCUGAGCCCACCCCGGUCUCUCGACCUGCCGGCCCACCACCACCAGAGCCUGUCAAUGCUCCUUUCCAGCCUCGUAUGUGGUUCCUCCGCGCCGCCCGGCCGCUGGAGGACUAUGCGCUAGGCCUCUGGCCGUCUUCAGUUGAAAGGGAGCCCGCCGCGGACGAGGACACUGUCCGCCGUGUUCAAGCCGAUUUGCUUGGUCUUCAACGUGGCCUGCGAACCUUUGCUGCCGCUAUUCCCCUUGGCACCCCUUUCUGCAUUCACAAUCCCUUCACCGCCCGACAGCAAUGCGAGCUUGUUGAGUAUUCUGCUGGCCCUGAGAUCAAUCCCUUUGUUUUAUUCAGGGGACACGCCCGCAGCCGGGGUUGGGCCGAUAUUGUGCUCCUGCAACCGCAGCCUGAUGCUACUGCUGUACACCUUAUCGGGUGUCCGCAAGCACCUGGGAACGCAGCUGUCGGCAUUGUGCUGGAAGGCCGCCUUGUGCCCUGCUGUCUCCCGGUCUGUGUUGGGACCGCGGCAUUACGUGCUCUGCAGCUUGACGGGAGUGAGUACGAUCUUCGCCCCCCUGAGGUUCAGGAAGGGUCCUCGGUCGUCCAGUUCCGCAAUGGCGACUGUCUGGCUGUGCGACCCCGCUCUCAGUCACGGUCUCCUCCUCCGCCGGAACAAGUCGCCGCCUUUGCUGCCCUGACCAGCGAAGCUGAACUUGCUGCCGGCAGCCCCGACAUCCCCUUCUCCUCACAAGGUCGCCCCGUUUUGUCUUGGGGCUGUUUCUCACUGAUCUUCUGCCGGUUUACCCCAUCAAUGUGCCUCUCUCUUGGACUCCUUGCUGGCGCUGCUCUAGCACAAGGCAUGCAUAGACCAGGUGGAUUUCCUUGGGGUACCGAUCCAAUCAACCGUGACUUUUCCGCCAUUACGGCAGAGGACCCGGUCUAUGUUGUUCUGCAUAGUCCCUUCUUGGGGGUGUUUCCCCCAUACACAGCCUCCCAUGACACUCGCCACGGUCAAGUCUGGGCUCAGUUCCUCAACGACGACCCGGGAUGGGCAUCUGAUUUCUUUCCCGUGUGGCCGGGCCCCGCCUUCAACGAGUUGUCCAUGGUCCCGGUGGGACAAGAUGCGGCCCUUGUGACCAUUAUGCUGAUGUGGCGGGGCCACCAUAGGGCCACGCUUACUCCGCGGACCAUGACAGUGGCGUGGUUGACAGCCUUUAUCUCGCGUCACAUCAAUAGCCCCGUUGAUGGCAUUUCCCUGCCGCACGGGCUCGCGAUCUGCGAGCUCUUUGAUGUUCCGCCCGCGGCUUUCCGUUUUCGCAACGGCGAUGUCGUGUACAUCCAUGACCCUCCGGAGGACCCUUCUGAGCCGCUCGAGUUUGUCGAUCCUUGGCACCUGCAGGAUGGCCUUGCAGCUCACCACGCUCCCUGGGCUACGGGCUUUCAACUUAUGUUCGGCAUUUCUGUGCACCUACUUCGCCCUAAUCGCCCACCCCUGUUGGCCUCUGUCUCAGCUGGAGAAGCCUGGUGCCCAGAAUCCUUUACGUUCACCGGCACUUUCCGUAACCACUUUCCGGGCAUGUGGACACCCGUUCAGUGGUCCGGUGCCCGGGCAUUGCAAUUGAUCGAGGUCCAUGGUGUUGCGGCUCAGGUUAACGUGGUUGCUGCCUCUCCCGAAGGCCGCCUCUGCCGUACCGUCGAUCGGAUCGCCUCGCGCGAUAGCCUUGCCGAUCAACUGCACUUCCUCCCUGGAUCCCUGCAAGUGGGGGGAGUUCCCUCCUACGCUCUCAAUCAGGCCUGUGAGCUUCGGAAUGGGGAUGUCGUGUCCGGCGACUUUGCCCGAGGGGCCUGCAGCGGCCGUCCACUUCUGUGGGGUUUGGCCCUGGGACUCGUCCCAGCUUUCUCCUCCUGUCGUACGGGCACCUUUCUUUCGAUUCUGCUGGGUUCCCUUGGGGCUCAUUCCGGCUUUUUCUCCCGUCUUCUUAUGCUGACCUGGUGCCUACAUGGCGCGCAAGCUAUGGUUCCGGAAACUUCGGUGUUGAGCCAGACCACAUCCUCGGUUAUUCCACCAGCUGCCCCACCCAGGGUCUCGGUCACUGUUGCCAACCCUUUUGCGCCAUGGCAUCGUGUUGAGGCCGACCCACGUCACCUUUUCGAUGAUGUUAUGGCAGACGCCCACCGCACUUUGACAUCAUGGCACCGGGGAUUUGCUGCCACUGGCCUGGUUUUAGAAGGGCCAAAUGGGACGCAGCGGCAGCUACAGUGCUACAUCAUGAGGUUGAGCUUGGCCACCACCGCUGGGCCCCCUGCCAUGGACAUCUCGGCGUUGCUCAGACCAGGGACGGAGACUGGUGGGUUCUUUCUGCUGCAUUCGGUCUCCUGGGGAGGCGCCCUCUCCUCCCUGCCCAACUCGCUCUUGUCUUCUUCGGGCUUCUUGAACCUGUGUGGGGAGCGUCCUCCAGUGCCUCUGGCCGCUGCCCCAGCGCGGUUCUUUCCCCCUGCCAUCGAUUUCAAUGAUGGGGAGCCCUAUGUUCCGCUAGGUGGCUGGCAGCCCGAUAACCCUGAUGGCCCACUCGCACGUUACUUCCCUGGUCCCCGACCACUCACGGCUCGUGUUUUGUGCCCCCUGAGGGGCUGGAGCGAGACCAGCUUCCUUGACACGACCAGAUCUAUCGAGCAGGAAGGUACGCGCCACUGCGGGCUUUGGGCCCAUCGCUUCUUCCCUGUCCGGGCGGUGCUCCCAAUUUCGCAGAUCACAGUCGCUCCGGUUGCCCCCUACGGUCUUGCUACUGUGGCCCUGCACAUUGAGGGUUGUUCGGCCGUGGCUUUUGCCUCGGUGGACUCGUCUCUCGAUGACAUUCACCGGCUUGCUGUUCGCGUCUUUCCUCACACCCGGUUUUGGCGCGUCAUAGCACCACCUGUGCUGCGCACUACCAUCCCGAAUGCGCAUAUCCGGCUCCGCAACGGCGAUGCUUUUAGCCUCCUUCCCGAGCCUUCCGAUCCGGGUGCUACCCGUUAUCCCUUGCUGCAGUAUGCCUCUCUGGACCGGGCACGGCAAGUUGCCAGCUGGUCGCUCCCUUUUCGCUUUGACUCGGGCGGCUACGUUUGCCUGUGGUACACGGGCCGUCGAUCUGGCCACAGUAUCCGGAUCAGGGAUACCGGCUAUUGGGAUCCCGAGGGCCCCACCUUCUGGAGUCUUAAUGGCAGAGCGCUGUCAGGGUCGUGGGUCCCUGUCCUCUCUGGGGAUCUCUCCAGUCUGCACCUGGUACACAGCACCUCCACUGGUGAGGCCCAUGUCCUUCUCUUACUGCCCCCCGAUCUUGAGCCUCAGGGGUUGUUGCUCGCUGGUUGCAAUGCCUACCGUGCACCACCUGGGUGGCGCCUUCUACCUGCUCUGCAGUACGUUCGGGCAGACAGUCCUCUCCGAGAUGGAGAUGUCCUCGUGCUGGACCCGACUGCUGAUACGGUUUGGGACCCUACCGGACCGCCCCCGCAAAGCCUUGCGGGUCCGGCCCCGGGCCCAGUUGCGCGCCCAUGCUGGGGGCCCUCGUCUUCUGCUGCCGCCGCCAUCUCUGGUCGCUGGGCUUGGCUUGCGGUCCUUUCGGCCAGAUGGCCCCGGCUUCUCGCCCUGGCUUGCUUGGUUUGUGCCGGUCAGGGUAUGGCUUCCGCACUGGACUUGCCGGAACAGCCAAUUCGUGUGGGUUUCUUCCCGUGGCGGGCCGCAGCCGCUGCGGCUGAUCUGGUUGAUCUCACCAACCGCACAGAGAUUGACAUUGUCCUUCUUAGUCCCUUCACAGGUCCCCAGGAGGCUGGGCGACUGCCCACUGCCUCGACUACCGGAGAGCUCAAUGCUCUCACACGCUCCUGCGACCCAGCUUGGGGUGCUGAAGUUGCACCUGUGUGGCCGACAGCUGCCAUACCGGCCCUACUGGUUGUUCCCCGUCCCCUGACGCCAGACCUUGUCUGUUUAGCGGUCUCCUCCUUGGAUCGGCACUUCUCUAUCCUUGUGCCCUGCACUACCUCUGUGUCCUGGCUGGGCGCGGCUCUCCGCUUCCUACAGCCGAUGCAAACUCUCUCGGUUCGUGCACCCAGCACAUCUGACCAAGGCGUGCGCUGGCGAUCUGGAGACCUGGUUGUUGCAUUGCCUCCUGCAGCCUUUGCGCCCGAAUACCAGCCCCCGUGCUUUCAUUCCGACGCUCGCGGCAUUGCGCCAUUUGGGCUGUUGAUUUCUCGGUCUCCACCCGUGUCAACUUCAUACUCUGGAGGCCUGCUGUUCGAGCCAUCCGGGGACACGCACCGGCAGGCAGCCGCUGGCGUGCUCUUGAUUAUACUUUUGAUGGAUCACGCCCACUUGGUUUUGCUGCCGGAGGACCCUUCGAGGGUCAAUGUCAUUGUGGAAGCAGACGGCCAUUGCUGGUGUGCCCUUGUCACAGCCGUUACCGAUGCCUGGCAACUCUGGACUGAGCUCCCAUCUCUCUCUUCUCAGCCCCGCGUCCUUGGUGUCCCACACCAGGAACUGCGCCAAGGGACGACCCUUCGCAGCGGCGAUGUUGUUUCCGGCUGUCCAGGACUCUCCCCCUCCUGUUGGCUCCCCUGCUCUUUGGGGCUUGCAGCUUGGUGGGCACUCGGCUCUGCCUCUUCGGCCCCUGGCUAUCUUCUCAUGUUUGCUGGGCUGCUCGCUCUCCCCCCGGUGUCGGGGGCACGUCUUCCCCACGAGAGCGGCAGUCGACAAUGGUCUUUGGCAACGUCAAACUGUGACGGGUCAGCUGCCGAACCGCCUGGCUUUCGCCACCGCCUCUGGGACCCCGCUAGGGGCCUCCUUGGACCUUUUCCGGGACCAUCUCUGUUUGUCCCACCUGCUCUCCAGGAGGCCGCACCCGCUUGGUCCGAUUUCACCAGGGUUCGACCACCUCAGGACCACCAUUGGGUCCCGGUUCCUUCGGCUCCGCUGUUUGCCACUGUGCUGCUCCAGUGCCCGCCUGCCACUAGAGCUGCACUUCUUCCCGCUACCUGUGCUGUGGCUGAUCUUGCACGAGCCAGCAGCCACUUUAUUCCUGACUUGUCAUACGUCUUGGCUCCCCCGGAGGCUUGGUGCGGUACUGCUACGACCUGUACCCCCACCUUAUUCCUCCGGUCUGGUGACGUCUUGACUCUGGCCAGCGCCACGUGGGCCCCGCGCCUCCGCUCACCUGUCGGGCGGUUUUGGGAAACCCUACUCCAGGCUCGUCAGCUAGCCUUCUGGGGCAGCCCCUUUCGCGUUAGGCAGCCUGGACUCCUCUUUGCUUGGUCCCCGGGAGACCCGGUCCCGCUUACUGUCCCCACUACCAGUGAUGAACAGUGGGAUCCUGAACAUUGCACCUUCCGCCCUUCACUGGUCCGGUUCAGUGUCGGCCGCUGGAUUCCAGCAGCCCGGGUUGACGACCUUGGGCUCCAUCUUGUCCCUGAAAGCCCUAAUCUUCAUUGGGCCCAUGUCUUGUCUGCUCGACCCCCCCUCAGCGUUCGAGUGGUGCCUCGCCAUGGCGCAGAUGGACUCCUGCGGGAUGGUGACAGCGGCUCCCCCCUGGGCAGCGCUCCCUCCCGCACCUUGCUCCCGUUGCUUGCCAGUCUGGCCGUUCGCGGGCGUCUGGGUCGGCACUGGUUUUCUCUUCUCAGUGCUUGGGUUCUUCUGGCUGGGCUGCCCGAGUUGUUUCCGGGUACGGCGGCCCUUGGAUUCCCGCCGGUCUCCACUCAUGCCCUUGCGCGGACUCCAGGUCCUUCGCCCAUUGGAGUGGAUUUCGGGUUGCUCUCCCGCACCAGCUGCUAUUUUCGUGCAUGGGGGGCGCCAGAUUGGCACAGCCCGGAUGGACUCUCCUGGGCGGCAGAUAUUCACCAAGAGUGUGCCGCUCAGGCUUCCUUGCACCAGUUGUGGUGGACGCACGACCUUUUCCAGAAUCUCCCGGCAUCCGCUCCAGCGCCUUAUCGCCAGGCCUUCUCUAGUUUCCCAGUAUGGUCUGGCGGGGUACCCGAUCAGGUUCUCAUCGCCACUGAUGGGAGUGGCGAGCGGGGAGGAGCAUGGGCCUUCUGCGUAUGGGUUUGGUGGCGUCACAAGUGGCACCGGGUCGGGUGGUUCGGCGCCGCGGGGGCCGAUACCCCUUGGUUCUCUGGAACUGCGGCCCCCGGGAGUGGUGUCUCCUUUCACGCUGAGCUUUGGGCCUUGCAGGCUGCGGGCCUCUGGCUCCUCGCUUGGGUUGACCGCCUCUCCCUUCUGACGUCGGCAGCGCCUGCCAAGGUCACCAUUGCGGUUGACAAUGCCUCUGCGCUCCAGAUUGCGGCCGGGCAAGCGCAGGCCAGUGAGCCAGUCACCACCCUUACUCGUUAUAUCUGGCAGGCUGUCCAGUCCCGUAUGUCCACUCGCUUUCAGCACGUGCACAGCCAUGUUGGCAUUCUCCCUAAUACGAUCGCCGACUUUCUCGCUGGCUGGGCUGGUCGGACCUCGUGGCAUCCCUGGAAACAUGUCGAUGCUGCCCUCCCCGCUCUGCUGCAGGAAGCGGCGCCUUGGCUCUGGCUCAUUCCACAUGCCAAGGUGGUCCAAGGCAGACCCUGGAUCCGUCUCACCGCGCAGUCACUUACCCAUGCACCAGCAGGUCGAGGGCCCGCUGUCCAGUGCCCUUCCACCGAGGUGCCCUGUGCGGCUCCGUCGCUAGAGCCCCAGCGACCGUUGCCGCUAGCACCCUCGCUAUCCCUCCGCAUUGUUACGGCUAACGUUCAAACCAUGCGGGACUCUUGUGCCUCCUUCUUCAAUCCGUCGGGUCAUGGCCAGCGGCGUCAAUACUUGUACUCUCAAGUCGCCCAGUUGGGCCUCGAUGUGGUCUGCCUUCAGGAGACGCGCAGCAAAGGGGGCCGAUGGGAUACAGCCGGCCUUCUCACCUGGCGCUCCGGUGCCCAAAAAGGUAGCUACGGUUGCGAAAUUUGGGUUAGGCCCCAGAUAGUUAACCCCCCCCUCCGCCUGGAUGACUGGCGGAUUGCCUGUGCUGACCCAAGACUUUUAGUCAUAGUCUGUAAACGGGCGGACCUCCCUUUGGCCGUUGUAGCGGCGCAUGCUCCACACGCCGACAGACCAGUGCCCGAAAUCCACCACUUUUGGUCCUCACUUCAAUCUCAGCUGUGCCAGCUCCCACGGGCCCUCACUUUAGUCCUGGGUCUCGAUGCUAACGCUGAUCUCCUUUGGGCCGAUGACGACCAUGCCUAUAUCGGGGAUGCUCUCGGUAAUGGUGAAGAAGGCGCGGGCGAGCAAGGCCUCUUUGAUACCAUCCAGCGCUUUGGCCUCCUUGCCCCCGCCUCCUUCUCGGACCUUCAGGACGGCCCGGGCUGGUCCUGGGAGCAUACUGGCGGCACCCGCAAGCGUCUAGACCAUAUCUUGCUCCAGGCUGGCCCCUGGUCCUGCCGUCGCACCCGACAGCUUCCUGAGCUGGACAUUCUCAAUGGUCGUCGGGAUCAUAUGCCGCUUCUGGUCGAGUGCGACCUUCGGGGCCAGGCCACCCGGCCCAAAGCGCCGGCCCCACCCCGCGCAACUGUGCACCAGGCACGGGCCAUUGCUGCCGAUCUCUGGGGAGCUCUGCCGUCCACCUUCCGGCACAUUGACAGCGUGGGAGCUGAAGUGCAGGCUCUUAAGACCAAGCACUCCUGCUUGCUCCGGGCCCUUCCUCGCCCUCCACGCCGCCCCAUCCGACAGCCCUACAUCACAGCGGCCUCUGUUGCCGCACUCGAUCGAGUUCGGCAGGCGCGAGAACAGCUCCCCCGGCUGCGGACCAAUCUGGAGUGGCAGCAGCGUCGCUUUCUCUUGCAAGUCUGGCGUCUGGGUUGCACACGUCGGCACCCCGAUGCUGCACCCCUGCGCCCUGAUCCGACGGGCCUGCAGCAUGCCCGCCUCCUUCUCCAGGCUUGUAAUCUUCAUGUUCGGGGGCUUCAGCAGAAGGCCCACUAUCUUGCUAGGUCCGACAAGCUGGCUCAUUUCCGCACACUUACUCUGGAGGCGACCAAACACUGGGAAGCUACUGGAGUCCCUCUGGAAUCCAUCCGGCAUCUGCGUUGGGCCUCCCGCAAGGCACACGAGCGCCGGUCUGUCCACGCAGCCGGUGGUUUCGAUAUUGAUAGUGAGUUGGAGGCCCAGUUCCGUGAUCAGGAGGGGGCCAGUUUGGUCAGCCCAGUGCAGCUCUCCAGCGCCGCUGAGCGAUGGAUGAAUGAACCGCGCCUCCCGUGCGCCGAGGCGGUUCCCACCCUCUUGCAGAUGGAACAAAUGUGUGUCCGACAGGCGGCCGCCAAGGCCCCAGGACCAGACGGACUGCGGAACGAGCUCUGGCGCGCGCAGGGAGCCUCAGCAGGGCAGUGGCUCUGGCCCCUGUGCGUGCGCAUCGCUCUCCAAGGAAGGGAGCCUUUUGCCUUUAAGGCUGCCAUUGUAUGCGCCCUUUACAAGAAGGGCCCUGCCUCUCUUCCUGCCAAUUACCGCUCUAUCGCGCUAUUGAACGGCAUCGCGAAGCUCUGGCAUUCGCACCUGCGCUCCACUGUGGGUGGCCACGUCUUGUCGCGAUACGAGCCUAUGCAGCUUGGGGGCCGCAAAGGUGUCCACACAGGAUUUGCGUUGGCCGCCUUCCGUUGUGCCUGGGACCUUUCCAUCUCUGCCGGCCGAUGUGUUGCCGUGGUCUUCGUCGAUAUCCAGGCCGCGUACUAUGAGGCCAGUCGGGAUCUCCUCUUUGAAGGCUUUCCUGAUGACGUUGCCCUGCCAGAGCACCACCACCUUGCUGGGCUGGUUCUCAGCCUUCAACAACAAGGGGCCCUAGCUGCCUUGGGGGUUGCAGAGGAUGUUGUUGCGCUCCUCCGUGACUGCGUCGCCCUCUCCCACUGGUCACUCUCUGGCUCUUCCAACAUUUUUCUUGCGUCACGGGGGUCUCGUCCAGGUGACGGCCUAGCUGAUAUCCUUUUUGGGGCCCUCUUCGCUGUCGGUCUUCAGCAUAUCCAGCGCGUUGCCACCCGCCAGGGCAUUGUUCACAACAGCGCCGGCGCUGAAGUCGGCCUCUCCCCAGGGGUCAAGCCCAUCGGCUGGGCUGACGACCUGGCGGUUAUGGCCGAUUUUGACCGACCAGCUGAUCUUCUUGUUCAACUGCCCGUGCUGGUUGGCAUUAUUCUUGACACUCUCCGACUCCUCCGAUUUCGUGUUAAUUUGGGUGCGGGUAAAACUGAGGCCCUUGUUGACAUCCGGGGGGAGGGCGCUCGGGCGGCCCGCGGAGUUCUCCUUACUGGCGAUGCCAUGUUAAAGAUCUCUGAUUCUGACAGCAUCAGGUUGUGUCCCGAGUAUAAGUAUCUGGGUGUGGCUCAGCUGCCUCGGGAUACGGGCCGCCGCGAUUGUGAGCUUGCCGCCCAACGAGGCGCCGCUGCGGCCUCCCUUGCCCGCACCCUCCUCUGCAGCAAUUGCUUGCCCUGGGAACUUAAACGGGCUUGGGUCGCGGGACGAGUCCUGCCCUCCGCGUAUUCCUCCCUUGCUAUGUCUCUGGCCGACUCCGGCCGUGCCACGGCCCCUCUCGCUGGCCUCUUCGAUCGCACGGCCAGGAUCCUGUUGUCCUCGUGGCAGGUCGGGCACAAGCUCACCACCCCACUGCUUCGGCUCCUCGCUGACAUUACUCCUCCUGACCUGGCUACUACCAUCAGUCAGUGUCGCCUUUGCGUCCAGCUCUUCUGCAAAGCACCCACGGCGGUGCGUGAAAUCGUCGACGCGGCGUGGAACAGGGCCCUCCCUUGGUGCCAGGCCCUCGUUGCAGCAUGUAUGAGGGUUGGCGUUGCGCUUGAAGUUUGGGACCCUAACUCCCCUCCCGCCGUCACGGUUCUGUUUGUUCAUACCCACAGCCGUGCCCUCCUUCGCGCCUGCAAGGCACUCAGCAAGUUUGGACAUAGGUACUUUGCCUGUGCUCAGCUGUGGGAUGACCUCUCUACCCGUAAGGCCACCCAAAUUCUAGGACCCCCCCAGGCCCAUCGAUGCCCGGUGUGCAGCAUCAUCUUCCCGAGCCUGCACGCGGUCAGAGCCCACAUGCAUCGCAAACAUGGCGUGCUGUCCGAUGUGACUGCCUACAUGGCCGGCUCUGUUUGCCUCUGGUGUAUGCACGAUUUCCACUCUUCGGAUCGGCUGAAAUACCAUCUGCAAUCCCACCGGGCCUGCUUGCAUGGACUUCGGGUGACGGUAGGGCCUGUCUACCAAUAUGGGUCGGGCACCAAACGCAAGGGUAGAACGGCCCACAGGGGUGUUCCCCCCACAACGCCUAUGCGGGCCCUGCAAUGCCACCCCAGCACAGCGUCGGGCCGCUGA